AGCCAAGACAGACCACAAAGGUGAGCAGUGUGUGAUGCACAGAGGCAGCAAAGAAUUCCAUCCUCCGAGAAAAUAUGACCCCAGAAGCCGGCGUGUGCAGAACCAGGGGAGUUCUUCUAUUCAUUUUGUGCAACGUGAUUCCUCGCUGUAUCUGCACUGGACUGCACGCACAGCGGGUGCCUUUCUCAGCUGGCAAUGUUCAAAUUGAGCAGACAAUGUGUCCGCAAACACAGGUCGGAGAAGCACAAUUCCCAGGAUUUUAUGUAAUGUCACAAUUUCACAUCGCUGAACUGGCAAGACGCGGAACAGUCAAAAAGGUGGUUGGAUCUACGCCUCAACAAGCCGCGUUUAGAAUAGGCCCAGAAUUCAAUUUUCGGAUCAACACCAGAUCAGCAUAUCCUUUGGGCCUGCCGGAUGAAUUUGCAUUUCAGGCAAUUUUUCGGAUGACCGCUGCGACCCUGAACAAAAACUGGAAUAUAUGGCAGAUGUUGGACCUAAAUGGGAACGAACAGUUGGCUGUUAAUUUGAAUGGAGAACUUAUGUCAUUGGAAUUCAUUUAUUCAGCCAUCGGUAAAAGACAAACCGUCGUGUUCUCAAACCUACCGUUCCUCUUUAACUCAAAGUGGCACAAACUCUUCCUGGUGGUGAAAAAGGGCUCAGUGACCUUGACCGUAGAUUGCAUCAUUGUCGACACCAAAAAUGUGUUUGCAAGAAACAAGGUUAAUUUGGAUGGCUUUACCCACAUUGGAAAAUUGAAGGACCGACCCGCCAUUGCUGUCCCGUUUGAGUUACAAUCCAUGCUGAUACACUGCGACAUUACGCGCGCUCAAAGAGAAGCAUGUAACGAUCUUCCAGCGCAGGCAUCGAUAACCGAAGCGGGAUUUGAGAGAAAUGGGGGCCCCGCUGGUCCAGCAGGUCCUGCCGGAGUCCCUGGAAUCGAUGGCAUUGCUGGGGAUAGAGGGGAUGAUGGUGAAGAUGGCCCACCUGGCCCCAAUGGAGAUGGCGGUAAACCAGGCUCUGCAGGUCUCCCCGGGCUGCCUGGAGCUGACGGAUUGACCGGCCCUGUUGGAGACGCCGGACCAGACGGCCCUGCCGGACAGAAGGGAGAACCUGGCAAACCUGGACCUCGCGGCUUAUCUGGUAUUGGCCCAGAUGGACCCCCUGGACCACCAGGGCCAGGAGGCCUUCCUGGUGAAUUGGGCAAAAUCGGAGCUCCCGGAUCUAUGGGCGUGCGAGGGCCUUCUGGACCCAGGGGACCUACUGGACCCAGAGGAGCAGCUGGUGCGUUGGGUGGCACAAUGGAGUUGUGCGCCAAUGCCUGCCCACCUGGGGCACCUGGCCACCCGGGCCUUCCAGGGAUGAAGGGUCACAAAGGUGUGAAGGGUGAGGCUGGGGAGCCUGGAAAACAAGGACACAAGGGAGAAGAGGGAGACCAGGGAGCAUCUGGUGAAGUCGGAGCCCAAGGGCCUAUGGGGUCACAGGGGAUCCGGGGGUCAACGGGAAUGAUGGGACCCAAAGGAGAAAUGGGAGCUCGAGGCCAUGACGGAGACCCAGGUUUGCAGGGCGUCCAGGGGGCCACUGGUGACAUGGGCCAGAGAGGAGUGAUGGGUGAGAGGGGUCCCAAGGGAGAGCAAGGUGGUCAAGGUUCAAGGGGCAUCACUGGCCUUCCAGGACCAAAGGGUGAUUCAGGCCUGCCUGGCGUGGAUGGCCGUGAGGGCAUUCCUGGUAUGCCAGGUUCAAAGGGCAGCUCAGGUAAACCUGGUUCUCCUGGCGAGGUCGGGCUCCAGGGACUUCCUGGUUUACCUGGCAUACCUGGACCCAAGGGCAUGGGUGGAGAGAAGGGCAGCUCUGGAGACCCUGGUCUCCUCGGGACAAUGGGCUCUGCCGGUAAACAAGGCGAGCGAGGAGAACAAGGAGAGCUCGGCCCGAUCGGACCCAUUGGAGAGCCCGGUGAUCGAGGAGAGCAGGGACCUGAUGGGCCAGCUGGAAAACUAGGUGCCAGAGGGCCCAAAGGUGAUCUCGGCUUGCCAGGACUUCCUGGACCUCCUGGUCUUCCUGGAGUGAAAGGGGACAGAGGCGAGGGUGGCGAGCCUGGCCCGAAGGGAGAGCAGGGACAACAAGGAGCGGAGGGAACCCCAGGAGACAAAGGAGACCUCGGCGAGACAGGAGAACCAGGACCUAAAGGAGCGACUGGAAACCCAGGAGAGCCAGGGAACAGGGGUGCAGAGGGUGCCCGCGGGCAGCCUGGCAUCCAGGGGCCUGCCGGUACGCCAGGACCGCGCGGCAUGCAGGGAGACAGGGGAUCACCAGGACCUCGCGGGUCCCAGGGGCCAGCAGGCAAAGAGCCAAGUGAUCAACAAAUCCGACAAGUCUGCAUGAGAGUUAUGCAGGAGCAGUUGGCACAGUUGGCAGCCAGUCUUAGAAGGCCAGAGUCAGGAGCAGCAGGCCUUCCUGGUCGUCCAGGACCCCCAGGUCCCCCUGGUCCCCCAGGAGACAGUGGCUUCCCUGGGCAGGCAGGAGCAAGAGGUCUCCCUGGCUUGAAAGGCCCUCCUGGACUUAUGGGACGCAAAGGACCGAAAGGUGAGUUGGGAGACAGAGGUGACCGAGGACCCACAGUGCGAGGACCCAAAGGCAUGCCAGGACCUCCUGGACUACCAGGUGAGCCAGGUAAGCCCGGCUAUGGCAAGGACGGGCGUGACGGUGCCAGAGGUCCACCUGGUAUCCACGGUCAGCCCGGUGUCCCUGGGCCUCCUGGUUCUGCCGGCCCUAACGGCUACUGUGACCCUUCUGCCUGCAACCUCCCGGCUGGGUCAGCCGUCCUGGACACCAACAUGAAGGGGCCAAACGACAACUAGGCCACUAGGGGGCACUAGCACAGCUGGGGCUGAAGCAGAGGAGAAGAGACUAACGUAAUGGACAACUCCCCGAGGAAGCACACAACAUUCUCACGGCACGUUUGAAAGCCAGAAAAACAGACGGGGACUGCAAACCUGUCAGCGCCAGUAGACCAGUGUGAGAAUGUUCUGUGCCAGUCAGGGCCUGGGAACAUCACACGGAGGGCUCCAUUUCAGUUGUAGAGACAUCACCAGAGUCAUAUUGGUCAAAUAUCUGAUUUCAAAUGUGGUCAUUAUUGUAUUGUUUUGUGUCCUUUUUUUUGUUUGGUUCAAACUUGACAUCUUGGUUUUUUUCCUUUUUUGUAUUUUUU